AUUAGUUCAUGCUUUUUAAAAUUGUUCGAAAUGCUGUAAUUACAAUGUAAAAAUCCACUCCCAGAUUUUAUUUCAAUUAAACAAUUGAGCCUACACAUACAUAAUAAGAUGAAAUGUUUUCAACUGUAUUGGCUACAGAAUAAUACAAGUACAAAUUUAAUUAUAUUUGUGGUUGAU